AUGAACACACUAAAAGACACAUACCAGCCAAAGCCAGCCACAUCAAAGAAAGACAUAGAAAAAGUGCAGCACACAUUUGAUUAUGAAAUAUUCUCAGUGCACACUCUAUCAGAUAUAUUCGUAAUUCUACUGAACGGCAAAGUGUUUAAAGGGGUGAAGCACAGACGAGGAGACGAUAGUGCCACAGCAGACACAAAAUAUGCAGAAAUAGCUGAUCUGAAGGAAACAGUAAAACACUCGGAAAUACUCAAUGGAAUACUCUACAUUGCAACUUCCAGCACGCUUUAUAAGAUAGAAGACCCCUUUGCAAAAAAGAACGAGAGUGAUGAAGAGAAAAAUGAGCCAAAAAAGGAGAACAGCGGAGUAAAAGAGAGUGCACUGCAUGAGAGCAGUAAGAAUGGAAAGAUAGAAGUUAAAACUGUGUUUAAGCACGAUUUUGAAAAGAUAACAGCACUAAACAUAACACAGGACGAAGGAAUAAUCGCAUUUGGUGACUAUGACGGGAAAAUAACAGUCAAGCUGUCCGACAGAGUGUAUGACUACACAGAACAUGAAGACGCAAUAGUUGAUCUCCUGGUGCUGACAAAAGUGAUAUUCUCAGCGAGCGAGGAUGGAAUGGUUCUAAAAACUAAAAUAGGAGAGCUCGAGCCAGCAGAUGCAUACGAAAUAGGAAAACCAAUCAGAUAUUUUGGCAAGCUAGAUAACAAGCUUGUUGUCAUUGACGGGUACGGAACACCGUAUACCGUGAGUAAGUCUGCAAACGAUCUGAAGAAGGGAAACAGGCUAGUUAGAAAAAUAACAGACGUGGUAAAGAUAAAGGGAGCGCUGUACGUAUCACACAACAACGAUUUCUACAGAAUAACAACGAACAAGAACAUAAGCAGGGUAAACAUUCCCCGCGCCAGAGUAGAUGGAGUAUUUGAGUACAGCCACAAACUCUACUGCUAUGCCGGCUCAGAGAUAAAAGGAUGGAAAGAGAAGAAAGCAACAGAGCUGGACGAGUUCUUUGAAGACCUAUAA